GGCUGCCGGAAAGAAGGCGGAAGGCCCAGCAGCCAAUCAGAGGAGGCCAACACGGGGCGCAAAGAAAGGGGAAAAGGAAGCUUUAUUGCCGCCAUUUCGCGUGAAAAGCAGCGCCGUCGGAGCAACGUGAAGGGCUGAACAGUUAGAGACGAGAAAAUGAGCUACGGAAGGCCGCCGCCAGACGUGGAGGGGAUGACCUCCCUGAAAGUGGACAACCUGACCUACCGAACUUCACCGGAGACUCUGCGCCGAGUUUUCGAGAAGUACGGUCGGGUGGGAGACGUUUACAUCCCCCGGGACAGGUACACCAAGGAGAGCCGCGGCUUCGCCUUCGUACGGUUCCACGACAAGCGCGACGCCGAGGACGCGAUGGACGCCAUGGACGGCGCGCUGCUCGACGGGCGGGAGCUGCGGGUUCAGAUGGCCCGCUACGGAAGACCGCCGGACUCCAUGUACAGCCGGAGAGGGGCUCCGCCACGCAGAUACGGAGGGUACGGACGCAGAAGCAGGAGCCGUUCGGCCAGUCCCCGCCGUCGCAGACGAAGCCGCAGCCGCUCCAGGAGCAGAAGCCGAUCCCGAUCCAGGAGCCGCCACCACUACAGCCGCUCCAGGUCCCGCUCCUACUCCAGAUCCAGGUCCAGGUCCAGGUCCAAGUCUAAGUCCAAGUCCAGAACCCCGCGACGAAGCAAGUCAAAGUCUCCUUCCAGGUCUCGAUCCCGCUCCAGGUCCAAGUCGAGGAGUCGAACCCCGCCUUCCAACAGAGGGUCAAAAUCCAGGUCCAGGUCCAAAUCCAAGAGUAGACCUAAAUCCCCAGAGGACACCGGAGCCGAGUCUUAACCCAAACAUGGACACAACAAGACGGUAUUCAGGGGAAAGGGGGAUUCUUAUGUUAAGUUUGAGAUGGCUAUUGGUCAUCAGUUGUGUAUUCUGCAGGCUUAAUGCUGCAUUGCAGUCAUUUGCAGACGAGCAACUAAGUCUGCAGAAUUCUUAAUGUGUUUAAAAAUAAAGUAAGUUUGGGACUAAUCUAAAGUCCUUGUUCUGAGUGUGCUUUACUUUGCUUGUAUGUCCAGCCAAGCUAAAGCACACGCAGACAGAAGGAGAUUUGGAUUGGCACUGUCAUAUCAAAGUGGGUUAGUAAUCACAUUUGUGCUGAUGUGAGUGUGUAAUGGGAGGGAGUGGGUGGUUGGGACGUGGGAGUGCUUCACUCAAAAACGUUCACCUAAAUGUGGAAUUCUUUCCUCCAAGCUGCGGAGUCCUGUUUGCAAAGGGAGGAGGAGAAGGAGGAGAUGGGGGUGUGGCAGUGUGAGAGCAGUUAGUGUGUGACCCGCCCAUGUGACCUGCCUGUUGCUGAGAGCGAUGGCAGUUGCUAAGGAGCAGGUCACCAAGGCAACGGUGGUUGCUAUGGAGCAGGUCGUCAUGGCGGUGGUUCGGGCUGUCAGUUGGUGUAUGAGGUGGUGUGGUGAGGUACGUUCACGGGGAUCACAGGCAGAUGCACUGAGUACUGUGGUUUCCUCCGCCUCUCACAAAGGAAACGGACCCCGAGGUUUGUUUUUCAAAUAUGCCCGAGUGUAAAAAAAAAAAUCUUGCUAGAGCUAGUUUUUGGGAGUGUGGGGCCAAGGACAGGUGUGUAAACAAAUGUGAAACUUAAUAGAAAUGUUAGGUUUACGUAAAGAAGAUGGAUGACCACAGAGUCAGUUUGAUAAAUGUUAGUGUCAGGGUGCAGAUCAGACCAGUACUGCAUUUAAAUGUCCAGGUCAGCUGCAGGACUGAAUGUAGCCUCCUAGUUUUUCUCUUGCUAACUCCGUUUUGUUUUUCCUUCCAGAUCUCAGAUGAUUGAGCCUUUGCUGAGGACAUCAGGAUCAGUCUCACAUUGAGCGAGUGGACUCCACUAUUACCACUGAAUGCAGACUGAAAGGUUAUUGGAGUUUGGUCUAAAAUGUUUUAAAAUGUUUAAUUUGACCUAAUCUGCCUACAUAAAUUCUGUAACUUUGAAAUGAUCGUUUGUAAAGCUGAGUAUAUUGAAAGGGAUUUGUAAGGUCUUUGUCCCAUUUAAUUUUUUUUAAUUUUGCCAUUUCGACUGAAUUUGUACUUAAUAAAUUCUUCUGAAUUAAAGUAGAUUCCAUUCAGUGAAAUCCCUCAUUUAGCACUCUUUCCAGUUGAAAGAGUUUUAUUUUCACAGUCGAUGUAGAAAAGGUUGUCACGUUUUGAUGUUCAGAGCAUUUCCAGUUAUGUUAUACCACUCUUACAGAGGACGAUGGCUUACUGUACAGUGUCACGAGAGCCACUUAAUGUGUAACUUUGCUAAUCCAGCAGCAUAGUGUUUUUUCUUUUUCUGCCAAGUCAUUUUUUUUUUCUCUGUCUGGUUAAAGUUGCUUUCCUAUGACUCUAACCCUCUUUCUUGUGUAUCUUUUGUGCACUAGGCGCAGUUGUGUAGCAGUUGAGUAAUGCUGGUUAGCUGUUAAGAUGCGGUGCAGUGCGGUGGUGACAUGGUGUGGCGUGUUGCGGUGCUGAGUGCCCGGCGCUGUUCCGGGGCUCGACCCUCCGCUGCCGUUUGCCGGUUUGUAAGCUCACAGGUGUGGCAGAUCAUCCAUCCUCUCCUGUCUCGUGACCUCUCCUUCCCUCCAUGUGCUGUACAGAUUCUCUCCUUCCUUUUCUCUCUUUUCUCCCUCCUCUCCCCCCCCCCCUCAACCCCACUGUGGUUUAUCCACUGUUGAUAACUGGUCUUGCUCGCUUUGAAAUUGGGUCCAGUGCGACCCCGAGUGAAGGGUUUAAAGGGCAGUUUUGGCUGCUUAAUGAAUAUUUUUUUUGUGUAUUGCAUUCCUCUGUGAACCUCUCAGAUGUCUUGUAAUUGCUUCAGGUGAAUGCUAAUAAACAUCUUUGUUGUAAAUAA